AUGGACUAUUCCAUUGGCCAGUCUAGAAAAACCUAUCCUGAACUUCCUCAACCCGGUUUUGUUCAGUUGAGAAUAUUUAACGGUGUACCUGGCUGUCAGUACACUAUCCACACCAAUAAUCAGCAAAUACCAGAAAUUACUUUAAAAGGCAUAGAUUAUUGGUCAAAUAAAUAUAUCCAAGUGGAACAUGAAAAGCUGUCCGUAACUUACACUAUCACAGCAGACAAAAAAGAUUGUCCCAAAUUCGAGGCAGGCACCUAUAUAUUCAACGAAACCACUGCCUAUAGUAUAUUUCUACAAAGUGCUUAUCCUGAUCAGAACAUACAAAUUUAUAAGGAGCAAUUGGAAAAAUCCUCCAAAGCCACACCAUUAGUGAGAAAUUUAGCUAAUUUAGAUAAAAAUCGCAAAAUCAUAUGGCGUGUUAGUAAAUCGGGAGAUGUGGAAUCAACACAACCGGCAAACUAUAGAAAAAUUAUCGAGUUAAGAGCCACUACUUAUGAAGUUCUAGUGGACAAUGUUAAGGUACACGAAGAGAAAUUAAGACAUGGUGGAGUUUACUCCUUGAUUAUAGGCCGACAAGCAAAUGAAGAUAUAGUUACCAAAAUCAUCGAAGUAACCGAACCCAAUUCCAUGAGUAUUUUAUGGUUAAUACCACAAUAUGUGGUCAUGACUUUAGGUGAGGUUAUGUUUUCGGUAACGGGUUUGGAAUUUUCCUAUUCCCAGUCGCCGGUUACCAUGAAAUCUGUGCUACAGGCCUGUUGGCUACUAACAGUUGCCUUUGGUAAUGUUUUUGUGGUGAUUGUGGCAGAAUUGAAAUUUUUCAAAUCUCAAGCUAAUGAAUUUUUCCUAUUCGCUGGUCUUAUGUUUGUCGAUAUGGUUCUGUUUAUGUGGAUGGCUUAUCGUUAUAAACCCAAUAAUCCCAUACCGGGUUCAUUGCCACCGAAAGAGUUAGAGCAGCCCUGCCGAUCAGCCGAUAAUACAAUAAUAGUUAGAGGUAAUCAUCAGCAGCCUCAGGUAGCAGCUGCAGAUCAAGUUCAAACAGUGCAUUUACGUCAAGCGCGUUAUACGAAAAGACAAGUCGAUUGA